CGACCGUGAGGGGUUUGGAAUGAGACGCCACGGCUGAGGAUUACGGAACCAGCCAUGUUGUUCGGCCAUAAAGAGCAUGGAGAAGAGGGUCUGACCCAAGUGCUUUCGCUUUACUGAUCGAUGGGCUGACAGAUCUGUGGGCUCCCAGCGAAAGGGCCAUGAUGCCAUCUCAGCUGUUCUAUCUGAGCUACCUGCUUUGCCUGUGCCUUGGAAUUCUCUCUGUGGUGUUUGUGUCUUACUGGAAUUACAAAUGGCGUGGGGGAUUUGCCUGGGAUGGCUCAGCAAUGCAGUUCAACUGGCAUCCGGUUCUGAUGGUGACCGGCCUCGUGGUGUUGUACGGGAAUGCCGCAGUUGUGUAUCGUGUCCCACUGACCUGGAGGCAAAGCAAACAGCCUUGGAAACUCCUGCAUGCUGGCUUGCUGUUCCUUGCCUUUGUCCUGUCUGUCCUGGGUCUUUGUGCAGUCUUUGACUACCACAAUGCGGGCUCCACCCCCAACCUAUACUCACUGCACAGUUGGCUGGGCAUCUGUACUACAGCCCUCUUCACUGCUCAGUGGGUGCUGGGUCUAGCUGCCUUUCUACUCCCAUGGUCUCCACUAGCGUUCCGCAAGCUCCUCAAGCCCAUACAUGUUUGGAUGGGCAGCGUCAUCUUUUUCCUGGCCAUCGCAUCCUGCAUUUCUGGCAUUAAUGAGAAGCUUUUCUUCGCACUUAAAGGAAACACCAAUCAGACGCAGCCCUAUUCCAAGCUGCCACCAGAGGCCGUGUUUGCCAACUCAUUAGGAAUCAUGAUUGUAGCCUUUGGAUUAGUUGUCUAUAAAAUACUGUCCAAUCCAGACUGGCAACGACCAGACCUAGUGAGUGAAGUGGACAGUUUUAGGCCGUUGCUUCAAGAAGAAAGCUGAUGCAACUACAUGGAAUGAAACAUCCAUUCUCCUUGCUGAAUUCUGGGAACACUGUUUUUCACCAAAGAAAAUAUUUUUCUAAGCACUGCUGGAACAGUGUGUAGAGUACAUCAUCGCCAAAAUGGAUAUUUUCCAGCCUUAUCUACUUUGUUUUAGUAGCCUUCGUUCAUGUUGAAGUUCUAUAUCAAAGGAAAUCAUACCAAUCAAUUGUAUUCCAUUGAAGCAGCGGUGUAUAUUAUAAUUUCAAUUUUAGAUAUGCAUAUAUUAUAGUCUAUAAAUUUCUCUUUGAGUCAGUGAUAUUUUGUGCCUCAAUAAAUGAUAAAUGAUCCAUU